AUGUCUCUUUCUGAAGAGGAGGAGGAUGCCUAUCAUCGUACUCAGGAUCAGAAAGUCAUUGAAAAUAUUGGGGAUUUUGAUCCUUCGAAGAGGAGCAUGCUUCCAAAUGCUCUCGCCAUGGUCACAUUGGAGAAAGCGUGGAUCAAGAAAGAGUUCAAGGAUAUAAGGAAUCGAGAUAUAUUACGCCUUCCGAGUCAAAUUAGAGAAACUAAAGAGAAAUCUCAGUCGCAUAAGGAAUUAGUGGUCAAGUCGGCUUGGAAUAAGGAAUACACAGGGGAAAUGCACACACUUCUCUUUGACAAUAUUAAUGCCAUGAACCGCCGCUCAACUUACUCUGGCUUUGCAUCGAUAGUCCAGAGUUCGGGCACGGGGAAGUCGCGGAUGGUCCACGAACAGGCUAAGCUCGUCUUCACUCUCCCCUUCAAUUUGCGCAUUAUGCCUUAUCCUGGGCCCGACAACAAUGUCCGCCAAUUCCUCGUCGGAUUUCUGUCUAACCCCGGUGGACAGGGGGUUUCGAUGGCCAAGAUAAACAUAACCCUUUUUCUAGGAAAAAUCUAUCAGUUAGCCGCUGAACGACUCAGCUUGCUGCUGAAUGGUGGCCGAAUGAAGCGCCAAGAACUUGCCGAGCGCUGGUACAAUUAUCUUCAGGCUAAAGGAAACCGUUCAACGCUUUAUGAAGCUGCCCUAAAAGGUACCAAGGAAUACCUAUUACACUCGGUAUCCUCCUGCAAGAACAAUGGGGAAGAUAUCAAGUCGAAAACGAAGGAGUGGCUUGUUAAACUCGUCGGAACCAUCACGGAACAUAUAACUGAUGACGUUCCGGAUGAUCAAUGUGUGAAGGUUAUGCUGUACUUUGAUGAAGCUCAUGCAUUGAUACCUUCAUCUGACCAGGAGCCACAGAUCAAUGUUCUUGAAGUACUGCAGUCGUGUCUGGCUGAUACGCAUAGGAGAGCCCAUUUUGCCUUGUUCUUGUCGACGGUGUCCAAACUACAAGACUUUGCACCUGUACAGCACCUGGCCAACUCUGCACGUGCUCGAGUGCCCGGCCCGCUCCAGGCACCGAUAACAGAGGUGCCAUUCGAUUGCUGGUCAGGCCUCCCAAUUUGUCCCCACCUUUACAAAUUGGGUGAUCUUUCAAAAAUUAGGUUUAUGGCUCGGUUCGGUAGACCUCUUUAUUGGGCUCUACUGAACGAGUCGGUUCCUGACACCAAGAUUGUUGGUCGCAAUGUUCCUGAAAAACUACCGCCAGUAGAGAAGCAGCUGAAGGAAAUAAUUGUACUUUUAGAUGUGCGGCUCUUGCUUAAUUACGAGCUAUACCGUGACAUGACUAUCAAUCACGAGGCCAACCUGGUGGCGAGCCACAUGCGUAUGAAUUACUCCAUCCCAGAAACUCGAGAGUAUCUUCGCUCUAGCUAUUCUUCCGAGUUUAUUCUGGCUGAGGCAGCCGCUAGGAAUUUGGAAAUGUAUUGCGACAAUUUUACGGUGAUUUUGAAAGCCCUGGAAAACGAAUUCAAAUCUGGUCUGCUGGACAAGGGAGCGAUGGGUGAACUUGUCGCUCGCUUGCUCCUCAUCUUUGCGUAUGAUCGAGCCAUUAGAAAUAGUUACUCCACCAAACCCCAAAACUACAGUCAGGGUGUCAGGUUAAUCGACUUCCUGAAGGCAUUAUUCUCCGAAACUUGGAUGGACGAAAUCAUGCGGUGCAUUCCAGACAAUGUGUCCAGUGAAGUCACGUUAAAAGACAUGUUCAAGGAGUCGUACAUUCGUUUCACGCAUUUUGGGAAGAUGGUAGACGACACUGGCACGACAACAGAGGCAAUGUAUGCUGCGUUCCUCAGGGGCAUGGCGAUCAUCACGCGAGACAAUCAGCAGGGCGUGGAUAUCAUGAUUCCUAUUCUCAUGUGGGACAAAGAGCUUUGCGAAUAUGUCAUGACUGCGAUACUUAUCCAAGUCAAGUGGCGCAUCUGUGCAGGAUCUAUCAACGCAUACUUGAUUAACCAGAGAGACAUCAACUUAUUUCCUGACGACUGCAUUUCCAAAGAAGUUCAGAAUGAUGUUCAAUCCGAUCCCUACUUUGAGUUCACCUUGGAGAGACCUAGAGAGAACUCUGGUGAGCCAGUGCGUCCUUACAUCAGUCUAAUAUUGGAGCUGGGAGUUCAGCCGAAGCUGCCUCGUGGAUCUGGUAUAAACUCCCAAGUUUACAAAAAUCUUGCCAAAAAGACUGCUCCAAGGGUAGUACAGUCAGUCCAGAUUGUUGAGAGAGGUUCACAUUCUACUGCCAAGAGACAAAAACUGGACCAUUUAGAUACACUGUCGAAGAUUCACGUCAUCAAAGGAGGGAAAAUUCGCCAUCACCACGACCUUCAUCCCCGUUACAACAUCUUUGCUUACGGCUGCUCGAGUACCGUUUAUAGAGCCAUCGAUGGCACGGAUAAAAAUGUCUUGGCUAAACUUCUUCGUAUUCAUGAUCUCCUUGCGGAGCAUCCUCGCCAGGACUCAAGAUCACUCGAAGCUGUUCGAAGGAUGAAGCCGUUUUGGAGUGCUGGAGAACCGAGUUAUCACUGGCUCGAAAGUAACCUGUUGAACCCUAAAAACGCAAUGAAUGUUGAUGAGGAAGAUGAGGGAGGUCAACUGGCUGGCUUCGUCGUUACGGGUUCCAUGGAGGAUACUGACACAUCGGCCUAUGACGAUGUGUUUGAGACUUAA